UCGCAAAAACAUCUGUGAUCCAUCCAUCCGAAAAAUGGCAACAAAAGAAAGGGAAGAUGAAUACAGCAAACUAGCGCCGACAAAAUUCAAUUAUCAAAUCGUACCGGCAACAAAUGGCAGCAAUCACAACAACAACAAUAGCAUCGAGACAACGGAUAUAUAUCGGCAAAAGCAGUGUGACAAUGAACACGACCAUAAAACAAUUAAACGGGGUAUUUACCACCAGAUUAUUGCCACAUGUGCCGUAUUGUUGCUAUCAGCCGCCUGCGGUAUGCCCAUUGGUUAUUCAGCAGUAUUAUUACCACAACUGACAAUAGGUGGCAGCGCAACAACAAAUUCCACACCCGAAAUUAUUAUUGACAUUGAAAUGGGUUCGUGGAUUGCCAGUGUCCACAGUUUAGCCACCCCAGUCGGAUCAUUCCUCUCGGGACCCAUGGCCGAUUAUAUUGGAAGACGUUCCACACUAUUAGUGUCUGUGAUACCAUUAUUUAUAGGCUGGUCUGUAUUGGCCUUAUCGCAAUCCUAUCCAAUGUUAAUUAUAGGACGUUUGUUUUGUGGAUUUGCCACCGGUAUUUUGGGUGGACCGGCUCAGGUCUAUAUUGCCGAAACGGCGGAACCAAAUCUUCGUGGCUUGCUGAUUGGUGCUCCCUUCGUUUCAUAUUCCCUGGGUAUCCUGAUCGUUUAUGCCUUGGGUUCAGCAUUACAUUGGAGAGCUGUGGCUUGGUGUGGUAAUGUUUUACCAGCUUUGGCUGCCUUGGCUAUAUUCUUUAUACCCGAAAGUCCUGCCUGGUUGCUGAGACAUAAGAAGUUGGAAAAGGCACGCAAAGCACUAAAAUUUUUACGUGGCAAUGAAAUAAUGGCCCAGAAGGAAAUGAACGUGAUGUCCGAACGUUUGGACAAGGAGAAAGCCACCACCAAGACGAAUGAGAACAUUUUCCAAUUGUGCUGUCAACGGGUUGCCAUUAAACCAUUGGUGAUUGUUAUACUCUUUUCAUUCCUGCAAAUUGCCUCGGGUACCUUUAUUGUGGUGUUCUAUGCCAUCGAUAUCAUUUCUGAAUUUGGUGCCGGCUUUGAUCCCAAAUCGGCAGCUAUCUGGACUGCGGUCAUUCGGAUGUGUUGUACCGUUAUAUUUUGUAUUAUUUUGUUAUUUAUAAGAAGAAGAUUGAUUUUGAUUUUGUCUGGUAUUGGUUCGGGUCUUAGUUGUUUGGUUCUAGCUGGUUAUAUGUUUGCCCGAGAGGGUCAACCUAAAAAUGGCACAGAUCUCAUUGUGGCAGGAGUCUGUUUAAUGGCUUACAUUGCUUUCAAUACCUCGUUGAUGGUUAUGCCUGGUAUUAUGAUUGGUGAACUUUUCCCCGCCAAGAUUAGAGGACGUACUGCGGGUGGUGUCUUUGCUGCCAUGAAUGUAGCCCUCUUCGGUUUUACAAAAAUGUUCCCCAUGAUCAAUGCAAAUAUUAGCAUGAAGGGCGUGUUUAUCAUAUUUGGGGUUGCCAGUAUUUUGGUAUCGAUAUUCAUGUAUCUAUUCCAACCUGAAACCAAAGGCCGUACCUUGGAACAAAUUGAAGAUUAUUUCAAUGAAAAUAAUUGGCUGUGGUUCAAGAGAGAUAAGACAUAUAAAAUGGUGCCGACCAAAGAGCAGGAAGAGAUUAAUAAAGCGUGAGAAGCUGAUGG